AUGUCGAAUGACACAAAAGAAACUUUGAAAGUCGCUCGACAGUUCUUUAAGCAGAAUGAAUAUCAAGAAGUUCUUAAAAAAUGCAAGAAGAUAUUGAAAGAUGAUAAAAAUAAUUAUAAUGCGCUUAUUUUAUUAGCCGCUGCGAUGAAAGAACUUGAAGAAUAUAAAUCACAAGCACCUUUAGUACUUGAAAAAGCUACAAAAAUUGAACCGAAUAAUUUAUUAGCUUGGCAAGGUUUGGUAGCUUACUAUGAAAAGAACCUGGACAAUGAUGAGUGUCGUAACAAGUUAAUAUCAUUUUAUUGCAAACUAUUGCAAAUAGAUAGUAAUUUCAAGUUCUCACAUACUCUGAACAGAAUCCUAGAAGUUUCUUUACAAUUAGAUGAUACUGCAGUGCUUGGUCACAGUAUAGAAACUUUAUGCGAAUUGCGCAACAAGUUAGACAGCGAUCAAAUGAAAUUAUUUAAUGUAACGCUUGUACAGUUACUAAUGAAUAAUUCUAAUAGUUCAAAUGAAUAUGGCGAUCUAUUAGAAAAUGUUCUUAAGUCUGUAGUUAAUGAUGCUGAAGCUAUUAAUCGGCAAGAUUACUAUAGAAAGUAUUUAGACGUAUUAUACAACAAAGGUAAAUUAGAUGCAUUAAUGAAAGAAGCUAUAAGUAUGUAUCAACAAUUUUCUGAAGAUACUUUACCAUUGGUAUAUAUAUGUCGAGUUUACUAUGAACAAAAUAUUUUGGAUAACAACCGUUAUGCAGAUAUUGAUGUAAAGCAAUUCUAUGAAUCUCUCAAAAAAUUAAAUAAUGAAUCAGAUGAAGCAGCAAUUGCUCACGCAGUAUAUUUAGAGAAAACAGAUAGCCUGAUAGCAGCACGGCAAAUAUUAAAAAAUAUACUCACAUUGAAACCACACAUGUUAUACUGUUGGAUCAUAUUAGGUGAAAUAAAUGUCAGACUUUAUUGUUGGGAAGAUGCAGAAAAUGCUAUGAGACAAGCUUUAAAACUUAUAAAACAUGAAAUAAAUGAUGAAUUAUUGUAUAAAAUGGAAGUAAUAAUGAUGGAUUCAAUGAGCAGAAGUAAUAACAAACAGAAAUGGGAAACUGCUUUGCAAAUGUGUGAAAAAUAUUUGCAGAAACACUCUUCAAAGCAGGUGGAAUUAAUUUGUGCACGUGUCCAUGUAUUACUGAAUCAUGCUGAUGUAUCAAUUACCUUAAAUAAUUUGGAGUCACAAAGUGAAAUAAAGAUUCAAGCUACCAUUUUAAAAGCAUUGUAUCUGAAACAACAGAAACUACUGGACCAGGCAGUGGACAUUCUGGAUUCAGCUCUAGAAGUGUCAGAAGCUUGGUUCAUUCUUGGUACCAUAUAUUGGGAACUGGAACAAUACAAUGACAGUUUGAUGGCAUUUUUAAAUGGUGUCACUGUAGACCAAUAUAAUUGGGAAUGUCUGGUUUAUUUGGGACGUUACUAUCAUGAAUACGGUAAUGAUUUGGAACGUUCAAGAAGAUGUUACUUAACUGCAUUACAGAUCAAUCCCUCUUCUGAACAAGCUGGUAUUGGUUUAAGUACUGUAUAUAGACUUCUUAAAAAUCAUGAUGCUAAUACACAACUACUAGAACGAUUGACUAUGUCAGAUGGUGGUCCUAAGUGGGCUUGGUUGCAACUUGGAAGGCAAUACCUUGAUCAAGGAGAUGCAUUACAAGCUAUUAAAGCGUUCCAACGCGUUAUCCGCGCUGAUCCGAAUGACAACUACAACUGGGAAUCGUUAGGAGAUGCUUACUUCAGCCGCGGUGCUCACACGUCAGCACUGAGGUCUUACCAACGAGCAUUAAAACUAUGUCCUAACUCAUUGUAUUCACUAAUACAACUUGCAAAUAUUAAAUUAAUGUUGGAACAAUACGCUGAUGCAAAAAAAGAUUUCGAGGAAAUAUUAAAUGAACUACGAUACGUUCCGGUCUUGAAAGGAUUAGCUGAAGCCUGCAUAGCGUUGGCAAAGGAAAGCACUGUCAAACAAUUUCUGGGUCGUGCUAAUGAUUAUUUUCAACAGGCAAUAAAUAAUUUAUCGUUAGCUAUUGUAGAACGUAACAAUAUGUCUUGUCUUUGGAAGUUACUUGGCGAUGUGUGUUACAAAGUUGCCCUUAUGCCAGAUAAAUACAGUUAUUUGAACAUACCAUCUAAACUAGUGGGCUCUAAUGACACUGAAGGUGUUGUAUUGAUGAAAAAAACAGAGCUUUCUUUAUUGUCUACACGAUGUUGCUGUUGCGCGCUCUCUCUUUCUCCACAGUCUGCAUCGUUAUGGCAUGAUUUAGCCUUAUGUUAUCUAUUGCAGCUACACCUUGCUUCAUCGGUUGACCACAAAACUCUUGCAAGUAAAUGUCUCGCUGCUGGCAAACGUGCUGUUAAAUUGUGCCCCUCGGCAUGGUUGUAUUGGAACCUCUUGGGAGUUAUUUGUAUGUCGCCAUAUAUAAGGAAUUACGCAUUAGCACAACAUUCAUAUGUCAUGGCAAUCGACAAAGAAACUAAUAAUGCCAUAGUUUGGUGUAACCUGGGAACUUUAUAUUUAUACAUAGGGGACUUGUAUAAGGCAAACGAAGCUUACUCGCAAGCCCAACGUGCGGAUCCAACAUAUGUAAACAGCUGGAUAGGGCAAGCUUUAAUUGCAGAAAUGAUGUCUAGAAAAGAAGCUAUUGACUUGUUUCGACAUUCUACACAACUCGGAUAUCACGAUGAAGCCGCGCUGGGAUAUGCUCAUUGGGUGCUUACUGUACUUUUAGAUACAAAUACCGAAAAAGAUUCUUUAUAUACAUAUAUAAUAGAAAAUAUGCAUGCUGUAUUUGUUGCCUCUGACGUUAUGCACUGGUACUUGGAACAUCAUCCUGAAGACUUGUAUGCUCGAAAUGCAUAUGGAUUACUCUUAGAGAGACAAAAACUCUACAGGUCAGCUGCUGAACAAUUUGCUGUAGCUGUUCAGACAAGUGUUAAUGAGGAAAAGGAUAUGGUUUGCUUAAACUUAGGACGUGUUUUAAUACAACUCAAAAAGUAUACAGAAGCUGUAACAUUUUGUCAGGCUGUUAGAGGGAAAGCUGAUUACAAUUCGCAAUGCCAUUUAGCAUUGUCUUUGUUUAAAGCUAAGCGAUACGAAGAAUCAUACAGUACAUAUGAAACCGCGCUUCAUUCCUGUGCCAAUACUGAAACAGAAAAAGCAUAUGCAUUGUGCGCAAUGGCUGCCAUAGCGUACACUUUUCAGGGUGUGCAUGACGCGAAAACUUUACUCUUCCAAAGUAUUCAAAUACAGCCACCGGUUGUUACUAGUUUUGUAGCAGCUGCAUCACUUGGCAUACUGCAUGGGGAUUUAAAUUUAACUACGUUGAUUCUUAACGAAUUGAAACAGUAUGAAAAUGACACGGAUUAUGCUCCCCAUGUUGCAAACUUGAGAGCAUACUUUUACCUAAUUAAAAAUGACGUUAAGAGUGCUGUUGCUACUCUUUCAAAAGCGAUCUUCAAGCAUCCUGAUGAUGUAAGAUAUUGGAUACGAUUACUUAGAAUUUUAUUGGAAAUAGAUGUACAAUCUUUUAGCAAAUGUGCACAGAAAGCACUAUUUCUCAGGAGAAAUAUUGUUGAUGUAGAUAUUGUACACAUAGCUUGUGCAUCAUCAUUUAAUUAUUUUGUCGAAACUUCAAUGUCAGAUAAUACUAGAUCCAUACAGAAACUUCUGUUUACUUAUCCUGGUCGUAUUGAAAGUUGGUCUACAUUCGUAGCGGCAUUUCUCUCUAGAUUUGCGAAUAAGAAUAUUAACUGUAAUGCUCAAUGGCUCUUGGCGUUUAUAUCGGUACUGCAACAAAGUGUUCAGUGUACAAGUUCAGUGGCCAAAUGGUUAGACGACAGCAAACGGAAAUUGACGCAGUUCAUUGAACUACGAUAAAUUGAUUGAUUGUUACAAGUAUGUAUAUACAGGAUUUUAAUAAAAGUGUGGGACACUGACGGGGUGGAUUCUACAUGCCAAACUAAGACGAAAAUCAAGAAUGACGAAAUUACAGUCGAAGCUUUGUUUUGGAGUUACUAAUUGUCGAAAAUAUGAGCAAAAUACGCGUGAAAUGUGUCUGACACGAUGGAUUAUACAACUCGAACAGCCGAUUCCCAGCUGAUACACGGGCUCGAUCGAUGAUCUAGUGAAAUUAACGAAUAAAAUAAAAUUAAAUGAAUGUAGCUGAUUUGUGAAACAG